GAAGAGGAGGGGCCGAGCUAGACGAAAGGAAAGACCUCUCACACACACCACGCAUUUACAGUUAGUUAAAAAAACCCAUCACAGCAAAAGAGCAUUUUCAGAAACUUCCUUCUUCUGCUUCAGAUUUGCUCCAAACAGAAGUACACAACACUUCAUUACUUUCAAACCAAAAUCAGACCCGUUUCUGGUCCUUCACUUAGGGUUCUCGCCUUCUUGAUGAUCAUCCACAGAGAGUAGACGCUAUACUAUGUUUGACUGGCUGUGUACGCGUGAAUUGAUAUGAUAUGAAGAUGGUCCUGCUCAUUGCAGUCCUGGUGUUCGCAUGUUUAACUGCUUUUGUAUCUCCUGAUGCACAAGGAGAUGCAUUGUUUGCUUUGAGGACUUCACUCAAAGCUUCAAGCAAUCAGCUUACUGAUUGGAAUCAGAAUCAAGUUAACCCGUGCACAUGGUCCAAAGUUAUAUGCGACAGUACUAACAAUGUGACGACCGUGACAUUGUCUAAUAUGGGAUUUACUGGAACCUUAUCACCUCAAAUCGGGAAUUUGAAGGCACUGAAUACACUCCAGUUACAAGGAAACGGAAUAACUGGUAUGAUACCUGAAGAGUUGGGAAAUUUGUCGAGCUUGACAAUGUUAGAUCUCGAAAAUAAUAACUUAACUGGAGAAAUACCGUCUUCCCUAGGCAAUCUCAGGAGGCUCACAUUUUUGAUUUUAAAUCAAAACAAUCUCUCCGGACCAGUUCCCGAAUCACUUUCAAGUCUUUCAAACUUGGUUAACCUACAACUUGCUUCUAACAGUCUGAGUGGUAAAAUCCCAGAGCAGUUAUUUAGGGUCUCCAAGUAUAAUUUUACAGGCAAUCAAUUAAACUGUGGUAUCAAUUUUCCCCACAGUUGUGCCUCCGAAAAUGGAGGCCAUUCAAGUAAAUCAAAGACUGGCAUGAUAAUCGGGAUUGUUGCUGCCCUUGUUGCUAUUAUUGUUCUCGGAGGUUUACUGCUUUUAUUCUUGUGGAAGGGUAGGCAUAAAGGCUACAGACGUGAAGUUUUUGUCGACGUUGCAGGUGAAGUUGAUCGGAGAAUUGAGUUUGGCCAACUGAAGAGAUUUGCGUGGAGAGAGUUGCAGAUUGCUACAGACAGUUUCAGCGAGAAAAACGUGCUGGGACAGGGUGGUUUUGGAAAGGUUUACAAAGGCGUCCUUCCUGAUAACACCAAGGUUGCUGUCAAACGGUUAACUGAUUUUGAGAGUCCCGGGGGGGAUACGGCAUUCCAGCGCGAAGUCGAGAUGAUCAGUGUGGCCGUUCACAAAAAUCUUCUCCGACUCAUUGGCUUCUGCACAACGCCAACUGAACGCCUUCUGGUUUACCCUUUCAUGCAAAACUUGAGUGUUGCCUCUCGUCUUCGAGAGCUUAAACCCGGGGAUCCCGUUUUGGACUGGCCGAGCAGAAAGAGGGUGGCGCUGGGCACAGCGCGUGGGCUAGAGUACUUGCACGAGCAUUGCAAUCCAAAAAUCAUCCACCGAGAUGUAAAAGCUGCAAAUGUUUUGCUUGACGAACAUUUUGAGGCCGUUGUUGGUGACUUCGGGUUGGCAAAGCUUGUUGAUGUGAGGAAAACCAAUGUAACGACACAGGUUCGUGGGACGAUGGGCCACAUAGCUCCUGAAUACCUGUCCACCGGAAAAUCAUCGGAGAAGACCGACGUGUUUGGAUACGGCAUCCUGCUUCUAGAGAUCGUCACGGGCCAACGAGCUAUAGAUUUCUCCCGCUUGGAAGAAGAAGAUGAUGUCUUACUGCUCGACCAUGUCAAGAAACUGCAACGGGAGAAACGACUGGAUGCCAUUGUGGAUCAGAACCUGAGUAGAAACUACAACAUUCAAGAAGUCGAGAUGAUGAUCCAGGUCGCGCUACUGUGCACUCAGGGCUCACCGGAGGACCGGCCAGCAAUGUCAGAAGUCGUCCGUAUGCUGGAAGGGGAAGGGCUUGCUGAGAGAUGGGAGGAGUGGCAGCACGUGGAGGUCACGAGGAGGCAAGAACACGAGAGGCUGCAGAGAAGGUUUGACUGGGGGGAGGAUUCGAUCUACAACCAGAAUGCCAUCGAGCUAUCUGGGGGACGAUAAGGUAAAACCCACACGAACGAGUUAUGUGCAUUCGUAUUUCUACCUCUUCUUGUUGGCCUAUUCAGCGUCGGGCCUUUGUUUUCUUUGUAUUGCACAUUUCGGCCAGGUUUGGUUCAUGUAUUGUUUUGUUGGCGCAGAAUAGCAGAGUUGGAAGUGAAAAUUCGUUAGAAAGGAGAAGUCAUAUAUACCACAUUUUAUGUGUUUCGUUUGCUUUGCUUCAAUUGAAAUGAAAUAUUUUUUGUUUUCAGUUAAA